AUGGACUCUCUGCCCCAAGAAAUAUUGGAUAACAUCCUCGGUCGCAUACCUGCGCGAGAGAGCAACAACUAUAAUGAAAAACUCCUGGAGCUCGAAAACUGGAUCUCAGGGCCCUCGGAUAUCGUCGAGAACAUGGCACACUGCGAUAUUGCCCACACGGAGAUCCUGAGAGAGUUGAUGCUAAUCCUGUCCGAAUGGCCAGACGACACGCGAUCCCCGACAUUGGCGAGGCACGGAAAGCUUAUCAUCCUACCCAACAAAUACGGUCCCUUCCAGCAGCUACCGCAGAUGUCCAAAGACGGAGAGAGCGAUCCUCUAUUCGUAGGCCUGCGCCGAGCAAUUGAUGGCUUUUCAGAAUUUGAGUACGGGAGCCAUCUCAGCUCUUCUUUCUUCUGGUCGCCACCCCCUAGUCUGGGCGAUGCAGUCCCGUAUUGGCAGAACAUGACCAAGCUCAAGGUUGAUUGCGACCAUGGUUUUGCCCAGCGGAGAGUGUGCCAGGCGCAAUCUGAGAAGGAGAUGCUGAGGAGCCGGCAGUAUAGCGUCAGCGGCGACGACAACGUAGCCGCCUGGACCGUCAACGAGAAGGUCAUGGUGCCAAUGCUCACAUCCAUUGCCAAGGCAGCGGGCCAGAUGAUCUCCCUCAAGGAACUCUGGUUCAAAGUCAUCUUGGCUAAGUACGAUACAUACCAGGGCUCCGAAUGGUUCCAUCGCUUCCACGUUGAUUAUCUCGCUCCUGGGGUGAUGCCAGACGUGGACGACGAAAGGUUCCCGCGGUGCAAAUGCUAUUCUAAGGACUGGAUACCGGAGUUUAGGGCACUCCAGGCCGGCGACUUAGAGAAGGCUCGUUUGCUACUUAGAAUCAAAACUGAGAAUCAGAAGCGUGAAGGGACAAAGAACUCCUGUCCGGACAGCCCAAGAUGGCCUUUGAAUAUGGAUCAGUGGCAGCCGAAUGAAGAAUUGCUCGACUUGUUGAGGCAAGCAGGGAGAAAGGCUCAUUCAAAGGAUGCGGUCAUCGUUCGACACGUACACCAUCACAGACAGGACUAUAUCAUGGAAUAG